UCCUGAAGACUGGAUCAACGCGACCUCAGCAUUUUUCACAAAUUUGUUUUUAAUUACACCCUGCUAAACACCAACUGAAAACUUUACAGAUUUGUUUUUCAAGGAAUCCACAUAACAAGCCAAAAUGGAUAAGUUUCGUAUGAUGUUCCAGGUCCUUCAGUCCAACCAAGAGACAUUUAUGCAUGGUGUUUGUGGCCUUAUGGCCCUGGCUAGUGCUCAACUCUACUCGGCUUUUGAGUUCAACUGCCCCUGCAUGCCUGAAUAUAACUACUCCUAUGGAAUUGGUGUAAUGGUAAUUCCAGCUGUUUGGUUCUUUAUGCUUGGUUUUGUCCUGAACAAUAACGUGUCUCUACUUUCCGAGGAAUGGAAACGACCAGCAGGUCACAGAGCCAAGGAUCCUACAAUUUUGCGCUACAUGUUGAUUUCUGUGUCACAGCGUUCACUGAUUGCUCCUGCAGUUUGGAUUACGGUCACAUUAAUGGAUGGGAAAAGCUUCCUUUGUGCAUUUAGUAUGGAUUUGGAUAUUUCUGAGUUCAUUGAUGGAAAUUUCACUGCGCAUGACUUAUCAGAAGAGGAGAUGAUAACAUUGCUUGCCAAAAUCCCUUGCAAACACAUAUUUGACGGGCAGCAUAUUUUCUCUAGAGAAGCAGCCACCAGAUAUAUACGAUGUGUGUCACAGGCAUUCGGCUGGCUCUUCCUGUUAAUCCUUACAUUAAUUGCAUUCACCAUCCGUGCCAUUCGUCCCUGCUUCAACCAAUCUGUGUUCCUCAAAACUAAAUAUUGGUCUCACUAUGCUGACCUUGAGCGCAAGAUGUUUGAUGAGAUUUGCACAGAACAUGCCAAGAGUUUUGCCAAAGUCUGCAUCCACCAGUACUUCCAGAGUAUCAGUGGGGACUUGCACAGCUUACACAGACAACACAGGAAUGACCGGAAAAAGGAUGAUGAUGAUGAUGGUGAUGAUGAUCAGGCUACUGAGGAAGAUAAACUGCUCGGCAUUCAUGCCCAGGAUGACAUGAAUAAAGUUUUAUGGAACUGGCACACAGAGAAGCCUCCGUUAAGUCUGAGAAAGAAUGGAGCCAGUAAUGAUGCCAACAAGAACGCAAACGGCAGCCAGAAUGGGGUGAAAAUUGGCUAUGACAAUGUUACAUUUACCACAGAUCAAAAUGGAUACAUCGCAUCCAAAAAUGGAAAUGGCUAUAUGAACGGUAACACUCAUAUAAACCAGCACACCUGGAAUGGAUAUGACCACCCAUCCAGCGAUAAAAAGAAAGAGUGGGCUGUAUAUUACAGCAAGGUCUGAAGAUCUUAGCCUGGGAGAUAUUGCUAAAUGAUUCCAAAGCUGUCAGAAAUCAGCUAAAGGCAAAUUUAAUCAUGAGCUAAGGUUUUAGAAGAACAAAAACACACAAGGUCUCUUUAUUGCAGACCAAGCUGAGUUUUCGUUGAAAUAAAAUCAGAUUUUGACUCAUGUUCUCGUAUUUCUAGCUCAAGCAGAACUGAGCGAAGACCUAGUAUUUGGUUUGCCUUCUGAAUCCUUUGGCUUACGAUUAUUUACCGUUCAACCAGAAACUGAAGAGCUAUUGUAAAGGAAUGUGUGUAUUAUGGGGUGUUGUCUGAGCACUUUGAACGGUUCAAACAUUGUGAAGAGCAGCUAGCAAUUCCUGAACAAAUGCCAACAAAGGAUCGCAGCAUCUUGGAUGAAGAUAAAAGUGAUUUCUCUUUUGUUUAUACUGUACCGUAUGUGCAGACGGUGUGUCUGUUUUGUUCUGCAAGCGAGUCCGUAUGCACUGCGCUCACACCCGUCUCACAGACCCUCACCACUUCUUGCAAAUCAGGACAGAGAGGCAAUAAUGCAGCUUUGUAUACUGAUGAAGAAACAAAAUCGCCAUUGGCAUACGUCCGCUUUUGUUAGCCUUUCGACAGAUUUAAGAUUCAGAUCAGAUUUUAGGUGUUCAUAUUCCUGAAUUGAUUUUUACUGCU